AGAGGGACUAUGGAAAAAAUCCAAUAUACCACUCAUGGAUCUGGCUGUUUUGAGCACAUGCCUCCGGAGCAAAGUGCGCCAACCUCUGCCUCCGUCAGUCGCCUCCUGAGAUUUGGGGCUGCUGCUCUUAUUGUUGGUGCUGUGUUGAUGCUGUGUGCAUCCAUGGCUGCUCUCUACCUGUGGAAAGUCAGUGAUAAGAAUGUUUAUAAUGUUCGUUACAGUAUGAACAUCAAUGGGAAGGCGAGGCAAGGCUCCGUGGAAAUUGAUUCAGACAACAACCUGGAGAGAUUUAAAACUGGAAGUGGAGCUGGGGAAGUUGUGGAAAUUCAUGACUUUGAAAUAGGAAUAACCGGAAUCCGCUUCUUUGGAGGAGACAAGUGCUAUAUAAAAUCUCAAAUCAAAGCCAGCCUUCCACACAUGGGAGCUCACAACAAAGAGUCGCUGAUGUUUGACCUGACAGAUGAAGUCAUCCCAGUGAGGUUUGAUGAGGAGUAUCUCAUAUGGGUUUCCACUGAGCAGCCGCUGAAGGACACCAGCUUCCUGAGCAAUACAAUUCUGAAUCUUUGCGGGGAACUCCCCAUUUACUGGCUCCAAUCUACCUAUCCUAAAGAUGGGGAGAGGAGGAAGAGAGACACACAGCGAUCCAAACGGCAGUUUAACAUGGAGGAGUUGGAGGCAGAUGCUGAGGAGAGGAACCCGGUGAGUCACACAGUAGACGACACCUCCAGAGUGGUGGAAGAAGAGGAGGGGGCGCAGUCUGCUGGGGGGUCAGCAUACAAUCCCGAAAACCCCUACCAUGCUACCCUGAGACUCAGCCCCGUAAUGGAGUCCGCUAUCACCAAGCACACUCUAAACAUUCUUCGCACCGCAGGACUAGACGACCAGAUUGGAAUCCCUUAA